AUGGACCGGAUCGUGUCUCUGUGCUACAAGCUGGACCGGAUCGACCUCUGUGCUAAAAGAUGGACCGGAUCGCGUCUCUGUGCUACAAGCCGGACCGGAUCGUGUAGCCUGUGCUGUGUGACGGACCGGAUCGUACCCAUGUGUUGCAACCCGGACCGGAUUGGGCUCUGUGCUGCGAGCCGGACCAAAUCGGAUCUCUGUGCUACAAGCCAGGCCGGAUCGGGUUUCUGUGCUACAAGCCGGACCGGACCGGGUCCCCUGUGCUGUGUGCCGGACCGGAUCGUACCCCUGUGUUGCGACCCGGACCGGAUUCGGCCUCUGUGCUGUGACCCGGGCCGAUUCUGGUCUCUGUGCGGCGAGCAGGACUGGAUCAGGUCUCUGUGUUAUAAGCCAGAACGGAUUGCGUCUCUGUACUGCGAGCCGGACCGGAUUGGGUAUCUGUGCUACAAGCUGGACCGGAUCUGA